AUGGCUGAUUUCACGCUCUGCAUAGUGGGUUGUGGCAACCUGGGGACAUCCAUCCUCCAAAGCCUGCUCAAGGCUCCCGACGACGGAGAAGCCAUCAAGUUCGACCACUUUAUCGCCUGCGUACAUAGCCCCGCCUCGGAGCAACGACUAACGAAGCAAUUCGGGCAAGAGAAAGAAUCAGGAAAACUGCGCAUCUCAAGAGGCGACAACAUCAAAGCAGUCCAGGAUUCAGACAUCGUUAUCCUCGGCGUAGAUCCAUCAGAUGUCGAGGCCACGCUGAAGCAAAACGGCUUCUCACAUGCGCUCAAGGGCAAACUACUCAUCAGCAUUGCCGCUGGCUGGACGAGAGAGUCACUGGAGGACUUGCUCGCCCCGAACGUGACCUUGUUGAGCAAAGAGGAGAGGAUCUGGGUGCUUCGCACGCUUCCCAACAUCGCGGCUCAAGUCUCCCAAUCCCUGACCGCUAUUGAAGCCCCGCGCGAGAGCUUCCCGCGCGAGUACAUGGAAAUGGCCGAUUCUAUAUUCUCGCAGAUAGGCAAGACAGUGCACAUUGCGCCCCGACUCAUGAACGCCACGACCGCUGUUGGAGGCUCCACACCGGCGUUCUUCGCUGUUAUCUGUGAUGCUUUGAUCGAUGCGGCGGUCGCGGUUGGGGUACCGCGCGCGCAGGCGCAGGUGAUGAUUUAUCAGAGCAUGAAGGGCACGGCGGAGAUGCUGCAGAGUGGCGUACACCCAGGUGUUCUCAAAGACCAGGGGACGUCGGCAGAAGGAUGCACGAUUGGAGGGUUAAUGGUGCUUGAGGAAGGAGGUGUGAGAGGGCACCUGGGCAAGGCGCUAAGAGAGGCGGUUACCAUUGCGCGGUUGAUGGAGAGCGGAGAUGAGAAUUUGCAUGUGAAUGAUACGCGACACUAG